AUGCAGGAUCCCAGCGGGAACAAAGGUUGCAGAGCAGAUGGUGAAGAAGAGGAUGGCCAGCAUGUAUCCAGGACCCCCCAUGCCCAAGCUAGCUCACCGGGUUCUGAACCUGAGAAUGACCACGGUAACUCCCCUCAUGAAAGGCACCCACAAGAUUCUGGUAGCCAGGCUGCCCAAAGCAGCCUUGACUCAGGGAGCCCUGUAGAGGCAAGAGUAGUGGCAGAAGAAGCAGCCAUAGCUCCACAGGGCGAGCAGGCACCAAUUAUCCCAGGACCCAGUGGAGAUGCUGCAACAACAGCUGGAAGUCGACUCCUGGAGUUUUCUGUAACAGUGCCAUUCAGGACUGCUGUGGAGGCAAACAUAGCCUGCAGAUCCCUUGCCUCAAAUGUCCAGCACCAGCAAGUGAUGGUUCAGCAGGAGUUCACCGUGAAUGACACUACUCUGACUGUUAGGUGGACCACUGAAGAUCCUGUUCUCUUCCGAACAUCCAUCAAUGCAUUCCUUGACCAGCUCUCCCUGGUGAUGAGGAGCGUCCCACGCCCAGUGUUUAUGGCUGUUUUCAAGCAAGGAAGAGGAAGAAAUAACGAACUCUAA